UACCGUCUCUCUAGAGUGAGGGUCGCGGACGAGGUGAGCGAGGAGGCGGCGGCUGGAGCGAGGGGGCCAGCAGCCACCAUGUCGGAUACGCGGCGACGAGUGAAGGUCUAUACCCUGAACGAAGACCGGCAAUGGGACGACCGAGGCACCGGGCACGUCUCCUCCACUUACGUGGAGGAGCUCAAGGGAAUGUCGCUGCUGGUUCGGGCAGAGUCCGACGGAUCACUACUCUUGGAAUCAAAGAUAAAUCCAAACACUGCAUAUCAGAAACAACAGGAUACAUUAAUUGUUUGGUCAGAAGCUGAGAACUAUGAUUUGGCUCUAAGUUUUCAGGAAAAAGCUGGCUGUGAUGAGAUCUGGGAAAAAAUUUGUCAGGUUCAAGGUAAGGACCCCUCAGUGGAAGUCACACAGGACCUCAUUGAUGAAUCAGAAGAAGAACGAUUUGAAGAAAUGCCUGAAACUAGUCAUCUGAUUGAUCUACCUUCGUGUGAACUUAAUAAACUUGAAGAGAUUGCUGACUUAGUUACCUCAGUUCUCUCCUCACCUAUCCGUAGGGAAAAGCUGGCUCUGGCCUUGGAAAAUGAAGGCUAUAUCAAAAAACUACUGCAGUUGUUCCAAGCUUGUGAGAACCUAGAAAAUACUGAAGGCCUACACCAUUUGUAUGAAAUUAUUAGAGGAAUCUUAUUCCUAAAUAAGGCAACUCUUUUUGAGGUAAUGUUUUCUGAUGAGUGUAUCAUGGAUGUCGUGGGAUGUCUUGAAUAUGACCCUGCUUUGGCUCAGCCAAAAAGACAUAGAGAAUUCUUGACCAAAACUGCAAAGUUUAAGGAAGUUAUACCAAUAACAGACUCUGAACUAAGGCAAAAAAUACAUCAGACUUACAGAGUACAGUACAUUCAGGACAUCAUUUUGCCCACACCAUCCGUUUUUGAAGAGAAUUUUCUUUCUACUCUUACGUCUUUUAUUUUCUUCAACAAAGUUGAGAUAGUCAGCAUGUUGCAGGAAGAUGAGAAGUUUCUGUCUGAAGUUUUUGCACAAUUAACAGAUGAAGCUACAGAUGAUGAUAAACGGCGUGAAUUGGUUAAUUUUUUCAAGGAAUUUUGUGCAUUUUCUCAGACAUUACAACCUCAAAACAGGGAUGCAUUUUUCAAAACUUUGGCAAAAUUGGGAAUUCUUCCUGCUCUUGAAAUUGUAAUGGGCAUGGAUGAUUUGCAAGUCAGAUCAGCUGCUACAGAUAUAUUUUCUUAUCUAGUAGAGUUUAGUCCAUCUAUGGUCCGAGAAUUUGUAAUGCAAGAAGCUCAGCAGAGUGAUGACGAUAUCCUUCUUAUUAAUGUAGUAAUUGAACAAAUGAUCUGUGAUACUGAUCCCGAGCUAGGAGGUGCUGUGCAGUUAAUGGGACUUCUUCGUACUCUAAUUGAUCCAGAGAACAUGAUGGCUACAACUAAUAAAACUGAAAAAAGUGAAUUUCUAAAUUUCUUCUACAACCAUUGUAUGCAUGUUCUCACAGCACCACUUCUGACCAAUACUUCAGAAGACAAAUAUGAAAAAGACAAUAUAGUUGGAUCUAACAAAAACAACCCAAUUUGUCCUGAUAAUUAUCAGACAGCACAACUACUUGCCUUAAUUUUAGAGUUACUCACAUUUUGUGUGGAACAUCACACAUAUCACAUAAAAAACUAUAUUAUGAACAAGGACUUGCUAAGAAGAGUCUUGGUCUUGAUGAAUUCAAAACACACUUUUCUGGCCCUGUGCGCUCUUCGCUUUAUGAGGCGGAUAAUUGGCCUUAAAGAUGAAUUUUAUAAUCGUUACAUCACCAAGGGAAAUCUUUUUGAGCCAGUUAUAAAUGCACUUCUGGAUAAUGGAACUCGGUACAAUCUGUUGAAUUCAGCUGUUAUUGAGUUGUUUGAAUUUAUAAGAGUGGAAGAUAUCAAGUCUCUUACUGCACAUAUAGUUGAAAACUUCUAUAAAGCACUUGAAUCAAUUGAAUAUGUUCAGACAUUUAAAGGAUUGAAGACUAAAUAUGAGCAAGAAAAAGACAGACAAAACCAGAAACUGAACAGUAACAGAUUUCGAAGAGAUGCAAAAGCUUUGGAAGAAGAUGAAGAAAUGUGGUUUAAUGAAGAUGAAGAGGAGGAAGGAAAAGCAGUUGUGGCACCAGUGGAAAAAUCUAAGCCAGAAGAUGAUUUUCCAGAUAGUUAUGAAAAAUUUAUGGAGACUAAAAAAGCAAAAGAAAGUGAAGACAAGGAAAACCUUCCCAAAAGGACAUCUCCUGGUGGCUUCAAAUUUACUUUCUCCCACUCUGCCAGUGCUGCUAAUGGAACAAACAGUACAAACAGUAAAUCAGUAGUGGCUCAGACACCACCAGCAAGUUCUAAUGGGUCCUCUUCCAAAACUACAAACCUGGCUACAUCAGUAACAGCCACCAAGGGAAGUUUGGUUGGCUUGGUGGAUUAUCCAGAUGAUGAAGAGGAAGAUGAAGAAGAAGAAACAUCCCCCAGAAAAAGACCUCGUCUUGGCUCAUAAAAUAUUUACUAGGGGACCCUCAACAUGUGGUCUUAAAAUGCUGCAACUGUUCAAUGAGCUGAAAACCUGAAUCAGAAAGCUUUCUCACUUGAACUUACAAAUAUACAAGGAGUAGCAAAAGACAGUAUAUCAGCUAGGAGAGUUUAGUUGUAAGAAAACAGGCUUCCCAGGAACUUGAUCGCUUUCUAGAAAUUAAGGGGUUUGCCUUUCAGGCUGUCAAAACACAAAAGGGUUAGUAACCCGAACCUGGGAUAUAAGCUUCUCACCAAGGAAAGUCUCAGGUUUUGGGACAGUUUGGGAGAGGGAAAAAGGUUGGUAAAAUGAGAUUAAUGUAGGGCUGUUCCAGGGGAUAUCCAGUCUACAAACAAUUAUAAAACUUCAGUUGUAAACCCAAUAACAUUACUUGUAUAAUGGUGCUGGCCAUGUUGUUGUUUUAAUCAGUUGCCUCUUUUAUAAAAUAAAUUUUUAUGGAAAAGAAAAUCAACUAUCAUUUAAAAAAAAAUGGAGUUAAGCUGUUGGGACCAUUUCUUUGAAGAUUUAUCAGAAAUUCAGCCUUUUAGGAAGUUAGAGGGAAGCUGAACACAUGUUUUCUACACCAGGAAUUUUCCAUAUAUAUUUUGAAGAAAACAAACUGGGUUCAAAAUGGACAGUUUUGUUAAAAUCAGCACUUUAGAGAUAACAAAGGCCAAGAAUCAGUACAGUAAGAAGUAUUCCAAAAUGAUUUUCUAUAGAAACUUGGAAGUGGAUAUAACAGAAUGUUUUCAAAGGCCUACCAGUACAAGCUUGUGGAAGGCAAUUUGAGGUCACUUUCUGCUUUGUUAGUAGAGUUGUCUCUGUCUCUUCAGACCCGCAGGCAAGUUUUAAAGUGUAGUUUAUAAAGACUAACAAAGAAUAUUGCUGAAUUAAGUGGCAUUUAAUAUCUGGAAGCCAUUUUGAUCCAAGAAGUUACAAGGAGUUACUUAAGCAUCAAAGUCAGCAUGCAGCACAGGAAGCUUUUCUAUAAACAAGGGUGUAAUGUGAAAGCUGCUUUUUUAAAAAGAGUAUAAAAGCACAUUCCAUGUACGUAAAUGAAUUUAAAAAAUAAAUUGAGGCAAACAGUUAAGAGGUUUUAUUUUUAGAACAGCAAGUUAACUGUAAAUAUUUUAAUGUUAGUUUGCUCAUCUAUGAUCUGAGAUCAUUCUGAAGUGAGAAAAAUGUCCCCAAGAUACAAUUUAAUGCAUUGGGAAAAAAAGAAUUUUAAAUAGUAAUUCCAGCUACAAUCUUUAGAUCACUUUGUAAUGUGUUAUGGGUCCAUUUUUCCUGGAAUAGCUUAAACUGAAGCAGUUUCCCCUGUUUUGGAGAAUUUGUAGUUAAUUUUAAUUUUGGCUAUUGUUUGGAAAAGAUGGGCUGUCUGUGUAGAUAUGAAGUAUAGUUUUUCCAUAAAACAGAUGUUUAUUUUGUAUUAAAAAUACCACUGUACUUGUUUUACACCAUUUGUAUACAUGUGGUGAUAUUAAUGCUAAACUAUAAAAUUCAGGAAUUAAAAUGUGACCCUGUAAUUCCAU